CCCAGCCCAUCCACAGCCUCACCCUCCUCUCUCCCUCCCCUGAGGCCGCGCGCAGGGGCCCCCCAGCAUUCACAUUUCACACGAGUGCCCCCAGAAGGAGGGGAUGGAGGAGCGCAAGGCCCUGUAACCCCCGGGAUAGACCCACAGGGCGCCCGGCCCCCCUACUCCUCCCACUGCGGAAUCCUCGGAGCCGCAGAAGGGGCUUCUCAGCCGCGUGCGCCUGUGUCCGAGCCCAUCCACCCCUGCCCGGUGCGUUGAGAGGGAAAGCUCUGGGGGUCGUUACGUUUAACAACUCACCUGGCUCUGCGGAAUGAAAGGGAAACAGUGACUUUCUUACCGGCUCCUUGGAGAAGCCUGAUUCACGCCGCCUGCGUUUAUGCGGCGCGCAGCCCCGGGCCGCUCUCAGGCCUCGGUGAUCUGUUUUCUGGACAGGAAGGAAGCAGCAGCCCGCGCCAUGGCCUCCCCGCCCACCUGCCCCUUGGAGGAGGACGAGAGCCUGAAGGGCUGCGAGCUGUACGUGCAGCUGCACGGGAUCCAGCAGGUCCUCAAGGACGGCAUCGUGCACCUCUGCAUCUCCAAGCCCGAGCGCCCCAUGAAGUUCCUCCGGGAGCACUUCGAGAAGCUGGAGAAGGAGGCCAGUACCACCCUGGGACCAGGCUGCCUGCAUCCUGAGGCCACCAGCAGAGCUCUGGGAUAUGGGACAUCUGCAUUCUCUUGGAAAAAUGAAGCAGGCUGAGAAGUCAGUUACAGAGCCAUCUUCCUCCCCGAAACCUGCCAACCAACCUUCAACAACAUCAGUCCAACUAGGAGAAAACUUCGAUGUGACCUGCACACUUCUGGGUGAGCCAGGGAUUGCUAUGGACUUUGGCUGGAGAUAUCCAGGGCAGAAGGUAAGCAGCAGGUCGUGGAGGCUGUGUGUGUGGUGGAGAGUGUUGGGGCAGGGAGCUGGGAGGGAGGGAUUAGUUAGGAUCAAGAGUGAUCGUGGUGGGAUGAAGCUACUGCUUGACUGGGAAUCUGAUGAACCUGGAUUCUGGUCCCAACUCUGAUGCUGCUUCUCUGAGUGACCUGGGGCAAAUCACUUUCCUUUUCUGGGCCCCAGUUUCCUCAUCUGUCGAACAGUAACUUCUCAGAUUACUGCGUGAGAAUGUAUAAUUUGUUCCUUUUUUAAUUUAACAAAAAAUGAGCGCUUGCCACAUGCCAGACACUGGAAUAGGUACUAAGGUUAUAAGGAUGAGUCUAAGAGAUGGAUUCUGGUGUUUGCAAGCUUAUCACCUAAGCAGGGAGGAGGAAGUGGAAUAUGGACAAACGCCACCAUGUAGACAAUCCAAAUGCUGUAACGAGAAUAAAACAGGGCAACGUGAUAGGGUCUACAUAAGAUAUAGUUGUUAAGGAGUCAUCUUUGAGGUGACAUUCAAGCCGAGACCAGACUGGCCUCAGCCACACGAAGAUGGGACUAGAGCAAAAGCUCAGGCCCUGUGGCUGGGUGUGUGUGUGUAACAGGAGAUGAACCAAAUACCUUAGCAACUGUUUCCCUGGCGUCUGCUGUGAGCUCAGAUCUUCCCAGGUGGUGUGGGAGAGGUGGUGGUUCUUUCUUCUCAAAGAACUUACUCCCAUGAAGUUCAAACAUCUGGAGAACAGCUGUGCGAAAAGGUAUGUUACCAACAUGGAGGACCUUAGGAAUGUGUAAAAGGACUUCCUGGAAGAGCUGGAAUUUGGUCAGAGCCCUGUGGAGGGGGAGAAGGAUGAUCUAGACCCGUGGUAGCAGGAGAAAGGGUAAGGGCGAACAUGUCAUACCCACAUGAGACCCAGAGACUCAUCUGUCCCAACACUGCCUCCUGUGCAGAAUUCAGGG